AUGGUUUCAUAUUUUGAAAAGAGUAGUAUUCAUGGAUUUGCCUAUUUGGUUAAAAGGAAAUUACACAUCGCUGAAAGUUAUGGUUUCUGGCUAACAAUUCUAUUAAUAUCAAUAUUUUUCUGGGUUAUAAUUGGUUUGGGGUCAGUAGAUCGAUAUAAACGUGAUAAUACAGUGAUUUCAAUGGAAAAAGAUUUUUACUUUUGGAAUAGAACAUCGCCAUCAAUUACAAUAUGUCCAUUGGAAAAUAGACUAAAUACAGAUUUAUUUGAAAUAUAUAUCAAGUCUCAAAAUAUAACUGAUAUGAAAUAUAAGGAAAACCUUUACAAAUUUUUAGAAUCCUUAGCAAAUUCGAGCUACGACAAUUUCAAAGAUAUUGAAAUAUUUCCAGGAAUGGACUUCAAUGUAGACCCAAGCAAUUACAUGAUGUUAAUUCGUAAUUUGACUGGUGAUGAUCGUUUUCAUCCUGAUGUAACACAAAGGGUAGCCUUAAAUGAGAACUCUAAAAUGAAUAUGCAGCAAAUUUUAACCGAAUUUGGAAUAUGUUAUAUGAUUAACAAUUAUUUUGCGGACUUCGUUGCAACUGAUUAUUUAUUAUUACAUAAAAAACGUAAAUAUAGUGAUCCAGAAAAGGAAUUAAGUAAAAUGGAUGUUUUUGAUGAUAUUUCUUAUAAUGUUUAUGGAUUUCGAGGGGCUACUAGGGUUUUUGUACACAAUGCAUAUGAUAUUGUUGGAGUCAAUUCAAGUGUAAGACAUAAAUUAACAGAGUUACGUAAAACUUUCUUUAACUUUUUUCUUCUUUUAGACUGGCAUAAAUCUACAACAAAAACUAUAAAUAUAUAUGUAUACACACUUGAUAUAAUUACUGCCGAAAAUUAUGAACACGUAGCGACAAUUCAACAAAGAAAGUGCCGAUUCCCUCUAGAAACCAAUUCCACACAUUAUACUUUUUAUACAAAGAAUGUUUGCUUUCAAGAAUGUCGUAUUGAGGCUGCUUACACUUUAUGUAAAUGCAUUCCUCAUUUUUAUCCAAAUAAAGGAAAUGUAAAACGAACAUGUAAUUAUAUGGAAUUAAUAGAAUGCAUUUCAAAGUAUUCAGAAAACUGCAAGGAAUCUAAAAUUGUAAUAAGUGCAGUUCAGCGUGAAGCUGUAAACGAUAUUUUUAAUCAUGGAUAUGGUGUGGUUGUUUAUAUUAGAGGUUAUUCUGUUAUUCGUUACAAAAGACAAGUUAUUUUUACGUUUGAGGAUUUACUAGUUUCAAUUGGAGGAACGGCAGGAUUUUUUCUGGGUUUUAGUGUGUUAAGCAUUGUUGAAGUUUUUUAUUUUUUUACACUACGAUUAUAUUGGUAUACAAAAGGUUAUACAUAA